CGGACCCUAAGAAAAUAGUUGCAAGCAAGCGAAAAAUUAGUGUUAGCAUAUUUUGUAAUCGAAUAAAAAUAAGUAAAAAAAAGAAGAUUGAAAUUCUACCAAAAAUAUACAUACGUGAAUGGAGAGAUUUAUUGCCGCCGUUCAAGAUCGCUAAUAAAAAUAUAACACAAUGGAAAUUAAAGAAAAUGUAUUAUUUAAAUGUAUUUGAUGAAACGUUAUGUAAUAUGAUGCAAAAUGGGUUUGUAACAGGCUUAUUUAUUUUGUAAAGUAUUGAAAGUUCAAAAGCCAAAGUAAUGCACCAUAAAAUCAUAAAAAAAAUGUAAAUAGUUUCGUUAAAUUAAAAUUCGAAUAUAUAAUAAUUUUUAACGUGUAAAUAUUGAGAGUUGUAAUUUAAAUGCCUAAAAUUAUAAUAUUGACCGAGCGGUUACAAUGAAAAAUUAAAUAAAAACGCUAAUUUUGAGGCGCGUCAAGCUGUUAAAAAUGCUGGCCAUCCCUUUAUCCCGGCUUGUUAGUCCGGAAAGAAUGGAAAAAAGUGUUUUUUUUUUCAAAUCUAAAUAGCCCGUGUGGGCGAACAAUAAAGUUGACUGGACAAUAAAAGUUGAAUGUCGGGAAGUUAUAUAAUAGUAUAGACAAAUAUUUUACGUGUUUUACGAAAAUGACAAGUAAUUUAAAUGUUUCUGAUUUUUAUGAGCAUGAGGAUCGAUCCUUGGAAUAUGUUUUGGAAAAUAUUCUUAGCGAUCAAAGCAAUGAUGGCAGUGACAACGAGUUUCAGCAUUUACAAAUGGAAUAUAAUUCCAUUCUUCUGAAUGGGUGUGGUUGCAAUGUUUCUCAAUUUGGUUGCGUUGAAUGUCAUGGCAGGAACUAUAAAUGGUUUGUAGAAACAGGGGAAUUGGUUUUAGAUACAGACAAUAGUGUAGAUCUUAUUUACGAGUGUAGUCCGUCAUGUAAAUGUGAACCCUCGAAAUGUACUAAUCGACUUGUUCAGAAGGGGCCUAGGGCUAAACUGAAAGUACGACAUUCAAAUUUAUUUAAAUGCAAAGGAUUAUUUUCAAGUGAUCAUAUACCUAAGGGAGGGUUUAUUUGUGAAUACGCAGGAGAAAUAAUUUCCCGUAAACAAGCCCAUAAUCGUUUAAAGAAGUAUGAACAAAAUCAUGAUAACUACAUUUUGUUUAUGACUGAAAGAAUCAAAGAGGGGCAUAAUAAAUCUUCCACUACAACAAUUAUUGACCCAACCAAAAAGGGAAAUAUUGGCCGAUACUUAAAUCAUAGCUGUGAUCCGAAUUGUGAGAUACGUUCAGUCCGGAUUGAUUGCCCCAUUCCAAAAAUUGCCAUAUUCGCAAAACGAGACAUAAGCGCUGGAGAAGAGCUCUGUUUCCAUUAUAACGAGGGAAACGAAGUUGUGUUAGCAAGACAACGACGAAUCUGCUUAUGUGGUAGUGGUAAUUGCACAGGAUAUAUGCCCUAUGCUUCAGAUUCAGGAUAUUUAUAGUAUGUAUACUUAUGUUAAAAGCUGGAUGUAGCAAUAUAGUAAUAUAUUAAAAAAUAAAUAUUUGCAAAAAAGUUA